UAACAAUCAUAUAACGUAUUUCCAAGCGCAUGCGCAUUAAUAAUAGGUGCAUCGCCAUAUUUUUUUGAAGAAAAGCAAGAUGCCUGCAGCAGAAGCAGAUCGACCAGGAAAAGUGUUUGUUGGAGGGUUAGCUAGUGACAUAGAUGAAGCUGUGCUAGAGAAAUAUUUCAGUCACUUUGGAAGACUUACAGAGGUCAUAGUGAAGAGAGACAAGAAUACACAACAAACCAGGGGGUAUGCUUUUAUAACAUUCGAAAACCCAUACGAUGCAGAAGAUGCCAUCAAAGAAAUGGACAAAAAGGAUAUUCAUGGCAGACAGAUUUAUGUGGAACAGGCUGUGAAGCCAAGACAUGAAACACAAAACCUGCGAAUUUCACCCAGAGGAGGAGGUUCCAGGGGUAUGCCCCGUGGAAGUCGUGGUGGUGGAUCAGGAAGAGGUGGGGGUAGUAGUCGUGGAGGACCCCGAGGAGGGAGAGGAGAUGGACACAUGGACAUGAGGAGCAGGUCGCCAAUUCGACAUAGAGAAGAUCGUGGAAGAUCCGACAGGGAGUUUAGAAGGGAUAGCUUUGAUGGUCCACAAAGGCGAGAUCUGAUUGAUGAAUUUGAACAUAGGCAAAUGUUAGAUGAAGAAAAACCUUGGAUCACUCCAGAUUUGUUGUUACUUGUAAGACAGAAAGAUGAAAUGCAAGAAUGGGCAAAUAAAUGUCCUUCUCUAGUGGCUGAGUUCAGAAAGUUUCGUAAUCAUGUUAGAAUGAAAAUUAGGAAGGCAAAGGUAGAAUAUGAGGAUCCAACAGGUGAAAAAAGAGAUGAAGAAUUCAGACAGAGAAUGAUGAAGAAAGGUUUGACUCCAGAAGAGAUUGAGAAAAGGAAGAACAUGCAAAAUCGACCAGAGACACACCAUGGUGGUAAAAAGUAUGAGCCCCCGAUCAUGUAUCCAGGAAAUUUAGCAACUGGAUCCACAGCAAUGAAGGUUGGCACUUCCACAGACACAAUGUCUGUCACUCGUGACCCGGAGGUUGUUCAACAAAAGGCAAAAUUUGUCAAUCUUUUAUCGAAACAAAGCAAAACCGUGUAUGAUUCAUAUCGUACUAAAGAUGUUUCAAGUACAAAUUGGUCAGAAAAUCAGAGCUUUGGUCAAACUGGUAAUCGUGGAUGGAAUAAUCAAGGUUUUGCCCCAAAUUCGCAAGUUCCAAGUUCAAACUUUGUAAAACCAUUAAAUUAUACACAAACACAGCAAGGUUUUUCACAAUCCAAUGCUGCUAACUGGCAAAAUUCAACAGGAAAGACAAAUCAACAAAACUGGCAGAAGAAUUCAAAUCAGCAACAACAGUGGGGGUCGUCAGGAAAAGGAAACCAAGAUUACACUUGGUCCUCUAACUACAACUACAAAACUGGUGGUCACAAUGCUCCGAGAAAUCAGUAUGGUGGUAAUAAAUCUGAUGAAAGUAAGCAAAAUCCUUGGCAAGAAGCCAUGGCAGAAUAUUGGCAACAAGCAGCACAGGAAUCUAGUUUUGGAAAAUCUCGAGAAACAAGUAGUGCUCUUCAAUCGUCUGUCAGUCAGAAUCAGUCAGUUGUAAGCCAAACUCGACCAUCUUCAAGCCAGACUCUAUCAUUUUCCAACCAACAGUUUGCAAGUCAUACUCAACAGUCUGCAAGUCAAUCUUUACCGUUUACAUACCAGCCGCCUGUAAGCCAAAGUCAACCACCUGCAAACCAAACUUUAUCAUUUUCAAACCAACAAUUUGCAAGUCAUACUCAACAGUCCACAAAUCAAUCUUUACCAUUUGCAUACCAACCGCCUGUAAACCAAAGUCAACCACCUGCAAGUCAGACAUUAUUUUCAAACCAACAAUUUGCAAGUAAUUUUCAGCAGUCGGCAAAUCAAUCUUUACCGUUCACGUACCAGCCGCCUGUAAGCCAGACACAAUCUUCUUCAAACCAGGCUCUAUCAUUUUCAAACCAACAAUUUGCAACUCAAACUCAACAAUCGACAAAUCAAACUGUACCUAAUACCUACCAAUCAUUUGUAAGCCAAACUCAACCGACUGCAGGCCAGACCCCACCAAUUUCAAACCAACAAUUAACUUAUCAAACUCAAUCAUCGGUAGACCAUAGUCAAAACACUGUAACCAGUACCGAAAAUAAGUCUUCAGAAUCAAGUCAAAUUAAAGACCAUCUGUCCUGCGGUCCUGAACCUGGAGCAAACAAGGAAAUCGAAAAACCAGUAAGUGAUACUGCUAAAGAAUUGAAAGUCUUAAAUAAUCCAUCCAAGCAAUCGUCUCAAAGCUCAAAAUUAGGAAAACGAAACCAAGUGCCAAACAUUCAACAAAUGAAAGACAAGCCACCUGUGCAGUAUUUCAAAGGUGUUGCAAAGAAUAAAAACAAAAUUCAAAUUCGCAUAAAUCCAAAAAGUGCUUUUGGGGUUGAAGUAGAAAAGGAAAGUGAUGAAAAGGAAAGUAAUGUAGAAGAAAUGGAAAGUAGUGAAGCAGAAAAAGAAAGUGAUGUAAGUGAAAAAUCUGAAUCCCAAGUUGAGAAAACGGAUGUUUCAAGCAUGAUCUAUCAAUCAUCAGGUAAUGAAAACCCCUGGCAGCAGGAAAUUCAAAAAUUCUGGGAAAACGCACCAAAGGACUUGGGUUCUGAAGCAAGUCAGCAAGCAAUUGCUAGUCAGUCAAACAUGACUGAUGCUCAGACUGAGCCGAGUGAAAGUAAGGAUGAAAGCAAUGCCCAAAGCAAAGCAAACGAGUCCAAAAGUGAGAUCCAAACAAACGAAAUGAGCCAAAAGAAUGAUCAGGAAAACAAAACAAAAUCAGAAGUCAGUAUUGAAGAUAUUCCACUGCCGUGCGAGACAGAAGAAUUGAAGCCAGUUAACCAAAGUCUGAUUGAGUCCCAAAAACAAGCGCUUGAGAAAGUGAUAAGUAGUAAACCUCUGAAAGAUAAAAAUUGGUCCGAGAGUAUGGAAAUUUGUGACCAGGAUGUUGAGGAAUUAAACUUGAGCACUGAUAAUUAUUCUCAUUACUUUCCUCACCCAGCUACUAUCUCUCCUUCCGGAGAUUUUACAGAAAGUAACAGUGAUGGAUAUUCUCUUAGUACUUCCUAUAAUGACCGUACUUCCUAUAAUGACCCUUUUGGCCAAGGUGACUUUGAAGAUUUUGGAGGUAAUCGUUACGGUGGAAUGGACAGAGGCAUGGAUCGAGGCCCUCCCCAAAGAUCGCGUGAUCCACCAAUGUCUCGUGGUAGAGAUUACUCGCCAGGCCCAAGAGACUUCAGCAGAAGUUCAGGUCCAGAGAGGGUGAGCAGGGGAUCAGGAAGAGAUUUUCAACAGUCAUCUCGUUAUGACCCACCCCUUAGAGAUUUUUCCCCACCCCCUCGUGAGUUUCAGUCCUCGCGGGACAUCGGUUAUGAAAGGGCACUGGCAUCAAGGGACAGAGUGUCAGCUAGAGAUUAUGGUUCUCCAACAAGCAGCAGAGACUUUGGGGGCAUGUCCCGAAGUGGGUCCUCUAUGUAUGGAGGAUCACGUGAAACCGGGAUGGGAAGCCGAGAUGUGUAUAGUGGAGGGAGGGACAGAGAUCAACCACAGUCCAGAGAUUUCUCAUCAAGAGAGUUCAGCAGCCGUGGUGGAUCUAUGAGAGGUGGCUCGUCUAGAGGAGGUGGUGACUUCGACAGAGGACAACCUCAUGAUGACUCAUUCAGAGAUUCUGGAAGGAGUGGUCCCUCCAGUCGUGGCCCAGCCAGUCGAGUCUUCACCAGCAUGGGUUGAUUGUGUUGCUUUGAAAUGAUGAUUAAGUACUUCGAUGUCAAACCAGGGAGUUUGAAGCAUUGUAAGUAUAUGAAUUUUGAAAAAUACUGUAAGCAUGGUUAAUUAUGUAUGCAGAUCAUUCCACAAUUUCUGUCUUCUGUUUAUAAUAUUUAUGCCUACAACUAAUGAUUGCCAAUUACAGAUUACAGUGUAAACUAUUUAUUACAUUAUAGUACCUUUAAUUAUAUGCUGCCAUCACAUACAGUUGUAGAUUACCUACAUUAAUUGCUCUGUUCAAAUUGUAUCCUUUGUGUAUUUAUAUAUUCUAAUGUUUGUAUGACCUGUUACCUUUUACGGAGAGAACUUGUAUAGGCAGUGCUUGCUGUCCGAUCUUGUAAUGAUUUAUCAUUAUGAAAUUCAUGCACAGUUUAAAAUAGAUCAUUCAAUUUGUGACAAAUCUUUGUCAGUUUAACUCCAUUUACAUUGAAGCUUUGCCAGUUUAAUUGUGUCUCCAUUUGUGAUGAAGCUUCAGCAGCUUAAUUGUGUGUGUCUGUGUAUAAUCCAGAAAUAAUUGUAGCAAAAUCUACACGAGUAGUAGUAUAAUGCUUAAAAAAUAAAAUCUAUACGAGUAGUAGUAUAAUGCUUAAAAAAUAAAAUCUACACGAGUAGUAGUAUAAUGCUUAAAAAAUAAAAUCUACACGAGUAUACUUGAUUAGUUCUUUACUUCUUCUGGAGUAGAGAUAUAUAUCCUUACUACAGUACCUUGACCCGAAGAGUCGUAUCCAACUUCUCAGAUCAAGUUACUGUAGUAAUGUUAAAUUUAUUAUAUACCCCCUUAUGUAUUUUUUAAAUUUACAUUCAUAAGAUAAUAAAUGUAAUCCAAAUUAUCAAAAACGCAGACAUACAGUGAAAUCAUAUUUUGUGUAUGCAGUAUUGUUUGUGACGCUGUCAAUAUUUUCCACAAAGAAAUGUUACGUUAUUGCAUUGUGACGUCAUUAGUUUCAGAGGAUACUGAUACAGAAUCGGAAAACCAGUGUAGUGAUCCGGAAAAUCGGAUCACACUGUGUGAAAUCAACCAUAUCAAAAAACGAUACAUUGAUGGGUAUAUAAUAAAGAUAUACAUGUAUAUCAAUUUACAAUCAAUCAAUCAUCAGUUUGUCUCUCCCCAUUUGCAAUAAAGCUUUGUCAGUUGAACUGUAUAUCUCUCCCUUUACAAUGGAGCUUCAUUUUAAGGUGGGUCGAUCCUCAUGUGACUUAUCAAUAUUAAUGGUUAAAAGUGGAAAAAAUAUAUUAAUUUUCACUCAGUAUAGUUUAAUCUAAUCAAUAACCAAAGAAAAUGUGUAUGUUGCCACCCUUUUAAAGAUGUCAGACAUACAAAAACAGACGUAUACAUGAACAUAAAAAAAUCACACAUUUUCGUUAAACAGAAUGAUGAAAAUUAAUAAAAACCUGUUGAAAUGACAAAUUUUAAAUGUCAACAGUUUAAGAAAUCUGAUAAUUGAUAGAUAUAUAAAAAUUAAUUGUGGAUAUUAGUUAAAUCAUUGUCAUAGACAUAUGCAGUAGAGGAAAUUCCAGCAUAGGAGUUAUUGCCCUUGACAACAUUUUUAAAAUUAUAAAUAAUUGAUUAUCUAUGGAAAAUUAAAAAAAUUUCAGUAUCAAAAGUGUACCAAAUUUUUUAUUUUAUUCAGUGAAUAAAAUUCCUCUGAAAGAUAUAUUUCAAUCAUGCGCAAAAUUUAAACAAAGAUUUUGCAAAAACCUAUGACAUCACAUGUAGAUCGAUCCACCUUAAAUAUUUAUCUCUCCAUUUGUAUUGAAGUUUUCUCAGUUUAACUGGCAGGAAACAUCAAGGACCAUUUUAUAAGACAUUUAAAUUUAAUGCAUUAUAGAUGAAGCUAGUGAGUGAGAUAAAAGUCACAAAUUAAUCCUUUUCAUAGAAACUGGUGUUGAUAACAAAUGAUAACAUUUGGAAACGAACGUUUUUCAAGUCUGAAGCGGUAUCGAAUUGAUUAAAGAUUUUAAUGAACACACAAUUAUCCCAUAUGGAUUGAUUUUAAGGAAAUUAAAAAUUCUACCUCUUUUUCUCUUUAGGUGCAAAGGCUCUGUAGUAUCCCCCAAUUCAAGAUUUUGUACUUAAAGGAAGGUAUGUGUGAUCAAUUUUAGCUGUUAUUUGUUUUCAGUAACCUGGUGGGGUUUUUUUCUCUCUUGUAGAUGGAGUGGUUUUAUUAAAGCUGUUUUUUAUGCCAGAUUCUAAGAUAAGAUGUAUGGAGUUAACAUUCCUUCAGGAAUCUUUUACUGGUUACAGUGGUAUUGAGAUGUCACCAGCCUUUGGUUGGAUUAGAAAUAGUCCAAAUGCUUUAAAGUUUGAAUGCUUCAUACCAAAUAAAAUAUAUCAUUUUU